AUGGCUGAAUAUGCCGACUUGGAAAUUAUUGUUGGUACUUAUGAAGAGAUUUUACUUGCAUAUCGCGUCACUGUAGUUGGAGAGGAAUGGCAGAUGGAAGAGAGUUUCACCGAUCAUUCCCACCUGGGAAGCAUAAGAAAUGUGGCUGUGUCCAAGCGUCGAGGAUUUUUAGCAUCUGGAGGAACUGAUGAAACUGUAUGGUUGUAUAGCUUAAAAAGUCGUCGGUUGAUUGGCUCCCUCACACAACACACAGGUUCUGUGACAUAUUUACAAUUCCACCAGGGAAGUCAUCUCUUCAGUUGCAGUGAGGAUGGUACAUUGUGUUUAUGGAAGACUUUUACCUGGGAAUGUCUCCGUACCUUCAAAGGACACAAGGGUGGCAUCAAUUGUGUGGCAGUCCAUCCUUCAGGAAAAUUGGCUCUGUCUGUAUCCAAGGAUAAAACACUCCGUGCAUGGAACCUGCUUAAGGGGCGUCGUGCUUAUGUUACCAAUCUGUAUAGAGUUGCUGAUUUGGUGAUUUGGUCACCAACUGGAGAUAACUAUAUCUUAGUUUUUGGCAAUAAAAUCGAAGUCUACUUGACAGAGAAUGCCGCAUUGACAAGAAUUAUUGAGGCAUCAGGACGUGUAAAUGCAGUUUUGUUUGUGACGGAUUCCCUGAUUGCUUUUGCUGGAGAAAGUUCUGAAAUUGAAUUCUAUGACAUUGUAAAAGAUGCUUCCCAACACAAAAUAACCUUCAGCUCAACAAGAACACGUGGUUUGUGUUUUAAGAAACUGCCAUCAGGUAAGGAAAUCCUUAUCAGUGCCUGCAGUGAUGGUUUCAUUCGUAUUUGGAACGUCUCUCUCACUACAGAUGGAAUUACUACAAAAUGUUUGCUGCAACAUAAUUCCACUUUCCGUCUUACAUGUCUUGAUGCAUUUGUAAAUGUGCCCAAGCAGCCCUCAGCCACUCGGGAAUUGAAAACCAAAAAUGAAGAACAACAGAGUGAAGAGGAAACAUUGUCUCCACUUCCUGUCAAAUCAAAAGAACAUUUAUCAAAAAGAGCAAGACAUGAAGAAGGUGUUGAAAUCACCAAGAAGAAAAAGAAGAAGAAAAUUUGA